UGAGAUUUUCUGAUUCUUUGUUAAAGUUUGAAACUUUUUGGUUUAUUUGGGAUUCUGUUUUGACCCCCUAUUGUAUUUGUUGAAGCCCUAUGUCUUACACGAUAGUCAUAUGUUUUUUUUAUGUUUGGUAGUGAUAUGAAUGACAGAAACUGGAGACGAGAUUUACCUAUAUAGGUGGUUUUCAUUUUUUGCUGACAUAUUCAGAUAAAGCUAUUGUUCCAACGACCAAAAUUUUUCGUUAUUCCUGGGUUUUUAGUAUUGCUUGUUGAUUUGUAUCCUGUAUUUAUAAUUUGGUUUGUUCCUAUAUCAUGAAGCUCGAGAUGUUUUUACUUAAAAGGAAAAAACUGCUUUAGUCCUCGUGCUAUUGUGACCUUUAGUAUAUUCAGCCUUCAUAAGUAACUUCCGUUGAAUUCAUUUUAUUUCUUCAUCAGGGUUUUCGUUUUCAAGAUUGUUUCCCUUCUCACAAACAAAAAAGAGAGAGUUUGUUACCUGUUUUGGCUUUGUGGUCAUGAUGGGAAUUGAAGAUAAAACACUAUUUUGUUUCUGCCAUUGGGGCGGAAAGAACGAAGUGCUUCCAGAUGGAUCCACUUCGUAUGUGGGAGGUAUUACCGAUCAGAUUAUUGUGAAGACAGGCAUAUAGUACAAUGAUUUUGUGAAUGCAGUUUUCGAUCGAUUAGGCAUUGAUCCUUCAGAUAAAGUCUUGCGGUUUACAAUGAAGUUUGAUAGGGCCCAAUUGAUACGGCUGAGAGACCAAGGUGUCAAUACGUUGUUACAAGUUAAUGAUGGUUUUGCCCAUGUUUAUGCGUCAAGUUCCGAAAAGAAGCCUCAUUCGGCAGUUGCUCCUAAUAUGACUAUCACUAGGUAAUGGUUGUUUUAUAAGGGUCCACAAGUUCUUAUUAUAGUAAUUUUUUUGGAGAAAUGACAAAAAUGGUCUCUUAUGUUUUUGAGGGUGGCUUCAAAGUAGUCCCUUCAGCAUGCACUUAAUAGUUAACACUUUUAAUCUCCAUCAAAUACUUAUCGAACUCUGUCGAAUAGAUUUGGUUGAAAAUAUGAAAAAAAGAUUUAACUAUAAACACUAAGAAAGUGUCAUCAAAUCCUAAAAUAUGCAACACAAAAAACUACACUAGACACUGGCCUCAUUUGUUUACAUUAAGAUUAAGACGUCUGAAUCUGAAUACACAUCUGAAUAUUAAGAUGUGCAUUAAGAUCUAGAUGUCUGGAUCUGAAUGUACAUUUGAAUAUUAAGAUGUGGUCUUUAGAUCUAAACACUGAAUGAUUAAAACUGUUUGUUUUCAAUAUCUGAAUGUGAAUGUGAAAUUACACUAUAUCAAUAAAUUAAUAUAAAAAUCUCAUUUCAGCAAAAUAUAUUUAUUUUUUGGAUAGAAAAUAAUAUUUUGAAUAUUUAUAUUUUAUAAAAAACAUUUAAAGUAUCUGAAAUGCAAACUGAAACUUAUAUAUCAAUAUAAAAAAUUAUUGUAACAAGGUAAUUAUGAAUUCUUUACCAAACGUUAGUUCAGAAAUAGGAAAAUCAAGAACGCAUAAUGUAAACAUGAGCUAUGUAGCUGAACCAACUGAAAUGGAUUUUUUCACAACCAAUGAUGAAACGAAAUGGUAUUUCAGGAUUUGGUUUGCUUCAAUUCCCAUACCCACUUAUGUUUGAGUGGCUAAUCAUGAAAGACCCAUCAGGAAACCAUCUUUAGCUACUGUUGGAACUUUUUCUGUUAGUUGCAUCAUACAUUGAACUUCCUUUUAACCUAAUGCUCUUUUUACAUUUUUUUUUUUUGUGGUAAAUGUGGAAGAGAAACAGAGACUAGAACUUAGGGAAAUGGUACUUUUGUUGCAUCAGCAAGGGAGCAGAGGCGUGAAAAAAUGGUAUUUGGUUGAGAAGAGAAGUUUCUCCUUCUGUCCUUCGAGCUGUCUCAGAAUCCUGGAUGCAUCAAGAGCUUAAAGAUUCUGAGCUACCAAAUUGUUUGUCAGUAGGGACGCUUGUUGAACCAGAAAGAUGGACAUCCAUAAAUGCCACACAGGAGCAACUGGCUUCUAUAUGUCUAGCUCCUGUUCCUUCAUCAGGUCAAAAUGUUGGUCAUAGUCUUGAAAAUGAUUGGAGAAACAUUGCUCGGGCAGUGAAUGAUGCCCAUAGGUCACAGCUAGCCUCUAAAGCCAUUGAGAUAGGUAAGGGCUAUCCUGCUGCUGAAUUUGAGAAACUUCUUCAUUCUGCCUCUCUAGUUAUAUCCCCAUCUGCUAGUAUUCAGACUUGUCAAGCAUGCUCCCUUAGUCAAGCUACUAAUGCACCUCUAUGCAGACAUGAGAUACCCAAUGUCGCUUUGAAGAACUUGUGGCAGUGGUAUGAGAAACAGGGGAGCUAUGGUUUAGAAGUAAAAGCAGAGGACCACGGAGAUGCAAGACAGUGUGGGAUGGAUCAUUUCGAGUUUCGUGCAUCUUCAAGGACCAUAGGACUCGUCCAAUGCAUAAUGAUUAUAAAGUAUCUGAGAGUUCACCAAAUGUAGAACUGCGCUCAAUAUUUUCUGUACUUGUACCUCAACCUUCAAGCUCUUUACUACAGAAAAGCAGUCUCUCUGCCUCAGGGUCAUCUUCAGAGUGCAGUAAUGGUGAUUUACAUCAUCUACCAGAUGAAUUUAAGCUGUCUGAUGAUAUGGAGCUUCUCUUUGAAUAUUUCGAAUCCGAGCAGCCUCAAAGGCGGCGACCGUUGUUUGAAACAAUACAGCAACUUGUCUCUGGCGAUGGACUCUCAAACUGUAGAUCAUAUGGAGAUCCAUCUAUCCUACAUACAGUGAGCUUACAUGACCUGCAUCCUCAUUCCUGGUUUUCGGUUGCAUGGUACCCCAUUUAUAGGAUACCCGAUGGCAAUUUGCGUGCUGGUUUCUUGACUUAUCAUUCACUUGGUCAUUUUAUUCACAAAGACCAGACAGUAAAAGCCCACAGUGUAGAUGCCUGUGUAGUUUCUCCAAUUGUAGGCCUCCAAAGCUACAACGCUCAGGUAGAAUCAUAGUGGCUAAUCUCGUAAU